CAGGCUGUUCUGGGAACACUGUGUCCUCGUGCGUGGCGACGCGUUGUGACGUCAUCCACAAUCGACACGCUCUGCGUAUGUUCCGGUUGUUAAGAGCAGAGACUGCACCGCCGCGGUGAUGCGAGAAUUAACCGAGGAAAUUGGAUCGUGAGUGGCACUAUGGUCUGAUGGACCGCCGCUUCUUCCUGACCUUUCUCAUCUGCUCCGCACUGUGGAUCUUCUUCUGGGAAGUGCGCUGGAAGAAAGGCAAAGACGGUCAGAUUGAGGAAUGGCUUCGAGGACACAGUCUCUCUCAGUACAGGCAUUUAUUUAAAGAUGUGCAGACACUGGAGGAGCUGAGUCUUAGUGUACUGAGUCGCCUGGAAGAGGUGGUGAAGGAACAACAGAGCUGGAGGGAAAUCGCUGAAGCUCAUAUUCGACUUCUCCGAGACUUUGCCUUCCAGGAGUGGCUUUGUUCCCAGAAUCUUGGACACUUUCACAAAACGCUGAAAACUUUGGGUUACAUGAAUCUGGAUGAUCUGUCACAAUUUGACAGCCAGCUGCACCUCUCCCUAGCUGCGUGGGGGUACUACUACGAAGACUACAUCAAGUUGUCGACCGGUAUCAAGAUCCUCCAGGCCUCACGGAGGAGUCGGGACCAGGACUACGAGAUCCAGUUGGUGCAUAGUCUUGCUGAAAGGCGUCUGAAUGAAAAGUGGUCUAUCGCGGGAGCGCUCCUAUUUGGCUGUACUGUGGCAUUGUGCUUCUUGAUAAGGGACCUCAUGUUUUACGUGAUUGGUGGAAUUACUGUUUCCAUCAUUGCAUUUUUCUUCACCAUCAAGUUCCUGUGUGAGCUUGCAGCCAGGGUUGUCAGCUUCCUGCAGAAUGAGGAUCCAGGCCGCCGCGGUGACCGCAGCAUCUACGACUAUGUGCGGGGAAACUACCUGGAUCCACGCUCCUGCAAGGUGUCCUGGGAUUGGAAGGAGCCACAAGAAGUGGGGCAGACGAUGAGCUUCAGAGUCCAACUGUUCUAUAAGAACGGUCAGCCAUUCCCAGCCCAUCGGCCAGUGGGGUUGAGGGUCAACAUCACUCAUAUUGAAUUGGCUCUGGAUAUUCCUGUUACACAGGAGGUUUUACAAGAACAGGAGUCCAACGUGGUAAAAGUCACUUUUACCGUGCGCAAGGCCGGUCGCUACGAGGUGGCGGUCAAGCUCGGCGGGCUCAACGUUGCUUACAGUCCUUACUAUAAAAUAUUCCAGCCAGGUACAGUCGUCCCAUCCAAGACGAAGAUUGCCUACCAUUUUUCGACCCUGGUGCUAACCCACAGCCAGCAGCACACUCUGCAAAUUGAGCCUAGGGAUGAAUACGGAAACCCCACGAGUAACUCCACAUCACUCACGGAUGAGGCCAACUACAGCCUUCACAUGCACUCUCUGGGUACAGCGGAUGACGAAAGCGUGGAGGGUUACUACUGUAAGACUGUCUCCGUUAACAAGCAGCAAUGUCAGGUUUUGAUGAAGUUGACUCUGCGGAAGAACGGCUGCUUCAAGGCUCGCAUCACCUAUAUGGAUCAGCCACUCAGCAAUGGGGAAUUUGACAUUAUUGUUCUCAGUGAGAAUGAGAAGAGCUACGUGGAGAAAAACGUGUCCACGCCGGGCAUCAGCAUCUACUUUGAGGCGUACCUCUAUGGCAACGGGAAUUACAGCAGCUCCCCGUGGCAACUACCACCCUCCUCAUUUCUAGCUCCACAGAGGAGGCCCUCCAUGGGCGAGGAAGAGGACGAGCAUGACUCUCCUGUGGAGGGUCAAUCCGAGAAGGUUAAGAAACCAAAAAAGGUCUACUGUUACAUAUCGCCAAAGCAACUAUCUGUGAAGGAGUUCUACCUGAAAAUUAUUCCAUGGCGCCUUUUCACCUUUCGAGUUUGUCCUGGAACAAAGUUUAGCUAUCACGGUCUCGACCCUGUUCACAAGUACCUAACACUAGUGGUGGAUGAUGGAAUACAGCCGCCUGUGGAGCUCAGUUGCAAAGACAGGAACAUAAUGGCCGCCACCUUCAUUCGCUUUCUUCACAAAAACAUAGGCGGCUCAGAAACGUUUCAGGACAAGGUGAACUUCUUUCAACGUGAACUCAGGCAUAUCCACUCGAAGAAACCUCGCACCAAGACCAGCCUGAAAAUCAUCCGGCACUCCAUUCUCGAUUCAUCCCUGAAGGCAACACGGAAUUUCUCGGUGUCAGAUUGGAGUAAAAACUUUGAGGUGGUCUUUCAAGAUGAGGAAGCUCUAGACUGGGGAGGGCCACGCCGAGAAUGGUUUGAGCUCAUAUGCAAGACCCUCUUUGACACCUCCAACCAUUUAUUCACCCGCUUCACCGACAACAACCAGGGCCUGGUGCACCCAAAUGCUGAGCGACCGACGCACUUGCGGCUGAAGAUAUACGAGUUUGCCGGCCGCGUUGUUGGGAAAUGCCUGUACGAGUCUGCACUUGGGGGGGCUUACAAACAGUUAGUCCGAGCUCGCUUUACACGCUCUUUCUUGGCUCAAAUCAUCGGUCUAAGGAUGAAUUACAAGUACUUUGAGACGGAUGACCAGGAGUUCUACAAGACCAAAGUGUGUUUCAUCUUGAACAAUGACGUCAGUGAAAUGGACCUAGUGUUUGCUGAGGAGAAGUACAACCGGUCCGGGCAGCUGGAAAAGGUGGUGGAACUGAUCUCAGGCGGAGCCAACAUUGCUGUUACCAAUGAAAACAAGAUGCAUUAUCUCAACCUGCUGGCCCAAUAUAGGCUCGCCAGCCAAGUGAGAGAUGAGGUAGAACACUUCCUGAAAGGUUUGAAUGAACUGGUUCCAGAAAACCUGCUAGCCAUAUUUGAUGAAAACGAGUUGGAGCUGCUGAUGUGUGGCACCGGCGACAUAAACGUGCAGGACUUCAAGGCCCACGCCGUGAUCGUCGGCGGGUCGUGGCAUUUCAGGGAGAAGGUGAUGAAGUGGUUCUGGGCUGUGGUGUCCAGCUUCACCCAAGAGGAGCUAGCUCGCCUCCUGCAGUUCACCACCGGUUCCUCCCAGCUUCCCCCCGGAGGCUUCAACACCCUUUGUCCCUCUUUCCAAAUCAUCGCAGCCCCGACACAGAGCACCUUGCCCACCGCCCACACCUGUUUCAACCAGCUGUGCCUCCCGACCUACGACUCGUACGAGGAGCUGCACAAAAUGCUAAAAUUGGCCAUUAGCGAGGGCAGCGAGGGCUUCGGCAUGCUCUGACUGGACCGAGGAGCAAGCCAUCUUUCCCCCUGUACUCAUUUUCAUCCACACAGACUGAGACAGCGAAAAACUCAUUGUAAACUCUUCAGAUGAAAAGGUAUCACGGAAUGCCCAACCAUCAACUGCGCUGGAACUCCUGUAUGUAUAUAAAAAACAUCUUUGUUUUUAAAGCUGUAGAAAAAGGUGAGGUUUGAGCUUCUUUUAUUCUUAAUUGGCGUUUUUCUAUAUGUUAAUGAUACUAGAGCAAAGGCCUUGAGUAUUCUUGUAGAAACUAAGAAACACUAAAGUGCAGCAGCGGCUUACAUGUGACGUGGCUGCCGUCUGCACGAGCACUUUUGGCCUUAAACCAUCAGGGAAUGACAUGUUUGUAAAUAUAUACAGUAUACCGUCACUUUUAUUUUCGUGGUUGUACAUACUCGUUUGUAUUAGGGCCACACGGAAACAAUAAGUUUGCUGAGGAAUGACUGUAUAUGAUUUUAUUUUUAAAAUGAACGGAAAUACAUGUUGCAAAUUUCUGACUUUUUUUUAUUUUUUAUUGUUAGACUUUAUUUGAUAGUGGCGUCAUAAGGCUGUCAUAAGAUUGUCAUAACUAUGACUUGACACUGUCAUGAGCGUUAAUGAGCCCUUAUGACAGAUGUCAGUAAGAGUCAUCUGGUAAAUUAUGUCACUAACUCCAUUUAUGUCCAGUUAGCAUAUUUUACAUCCAUUCAAAGGUGACAUGAUAACUUAAUAACAUCUGUCAUAAGCAUUCAUUAAUGCUCAUGACAGUGUUGUCAUAAUUGUCUUAUGAACCCUCUGUCAAAUAAAGUGUUACCUUUUCUAUUUUUGUCAAUUUCAACUCAAAACAUUACUAUUUUUUUUUUGAAUAAAAUUGCAACUUAUUUUACUAGUCACAUGUUGAACUUACUUUAAUGUAACACUUUGUUCUUAUAAAAUAAGUCAUAAGGCUGUCAUAAAACUGUCAUAAUUAUGACUUGACACUGUCAUGAACGUUAAGGAACGCUUAUGAAAGAUGAAUCCGUGUACCUUUCAGCCAUUCGUUUUUUCCUUCGAAUUUUGGUAAAUAAAAAAACGGAAAAUGAGCCUAAUUCCGUUUGUUUUUAUGUGAUGAACAAAAAAUGAGAAAUUAAUCGUUUUCGGUUAAAUAAACAUGCCUAAUAUUUUGUUUUCCACCAAGUUCGCUUUUCUAAUGAGCCGUGACCCGGAAGACGAUGCAACCACAUUUCCUUGCAAUGUUUCUGAUCAUCCAGUGUUAAAAUACAGGUUAUAGUGAAAUCACAAGUGAUUUGGUGGGAGUGUCGCUGCCAUCAAGUCAGAAGAAAGAAAUACAGUUGUAUGAAAAAGUAUCUGAAACUUUUGGAUUUUCUCAAAUUUCUGCAUAAAAUCAUCAAAUGUGAUCUGAUCUUUGUCAAAAUCACACAGAUGAAAAAAACAGUGUCUGCUUUAACUGAAACCACCCAAACAUAGGUUUUCAUAUUUUAAUGAGGAUAGUAUGCAAACAAUGACAAAAGGGGGUAAAAUAAGUAAGUGAUCCAUCACAUUUAAUAUUUUAUGCCCCCACCUUUGGCAGCAAUAACUUCAUCCCGACGCUUCCUGUAGCUAGUCCGGCACAUCAAUCAGGACUAAUCUUGGGCCAUUCUUCUCUACAAAACUGCUUUAGUUCAGUCAGAUUCCUGGAAUGUGUGACAUUAAUAACUGUAAGUCAUGCCACAGCAUCUCCCAUGUCCCACUUCCGCGUUACGAUGGCAACGUCACGGUCUUAAAAAUAGCAUUCAUGCGAUACGCUAUUGGUCUUUUAGUCUCCUUAGGCAGGGGGUUCACUGACUUAUUUUCCCCCCUUCUGUCAUUGCAUACUGUCCUCUUUAAAAUAUGUAAACCUAAAAUGUUAGGGUGGUUUUAGUUCAAGCAGACUGUUUUUUCAUCUGUGUGAUUUUGAAAAAGAUCAGAUCACAUUUGAUUGUGAGUUUAUGCAGAAAUGUGAGAAACUCAAAAAGUUUCAGAUACUUUUUCAUACCGCUGUAAAUAAUUGAUUAUAAGUAUUCAGUUAAGAAAAAUUGAGUUCAUUAAUAACAUGUCUUUUAAGUUAUGAGAUUGAAGUAGCAUGUAAUAUAUUAAGCUUUUAAUUUCUUUGAUAUGGGGUGGGAACUAAAGUUCACUGCCACGACAACUAGCAUCCAUCUCAUUAAGUUUUAGUCCCCGAAGACAUGUUUUGAGCUCGUCAUCGUGACGUCGUCCCCAUGAAAAAAUUGUACGUUGACAAAAUAUUAUCGUUAUUGUCAUUGUUGACGAAAACAACACUGCUUAAAACAAAAAAAAAAAACUUUGUUUUCGUGUGGUCCUAAUACUCUAAGUGUUUGAAUGUAUUUUUAAGUUGAAUGUCUUCAAAAUUUUGAUGAGAAGGGAUUUGAUUUUCUGUCGUGUAAUUUCUUGGAAGCUUUUACAUUUUUUUAAAGAAUGUUUUUUAAGUUUUUGCGUCUCAAGGAAAUAUUUGUCGAUCCAACCUUUUGAAUCGGGAGCGGUAACAGUUUUUUUGUCGAGUGUUUUUAAAAGGCUGCCUUAUUUGCGCUUGGCCUGUGAUUGUAUUCAGAGAAGUGUACAGGUGACGUGGCUCUCCAAGGUGUUAACAGUCACAACCGCUUCUGGGUUUACCUCAACUUCUCCUGUAGGCCCCCGUGUAACCCCUGCCACAGCAGCUUUGAGCAAACACGCACAUUUCAUACAGUGGGGGAAAUAAGUAUUUAGUCAACCACGAAUUGUGCAAGUUCUCCCACUUGAAAAUAUUAGAGAGGCCUGUA